AUGUCAUCAAACUCAUCAUCAGCAUGUGAAACCGCUGAAAUGAGUAAUGACUUAUGUUUUUUUGACUCUUUUGCUUCCCUGUUAUGUAGAUUACAUGCUCUCUUUUUUUCACAGGUGGUUCAUGAAACUGUAAAUGUUGGAACAGAGACUGCUGCAGCACUGAAGGCACAGACUGAACAAAUGAGCCGGAUAGUCAAUGAGCUAGACUCGAUCCAUUUUUCGAUCAAGAAGGCUACGCAGUUGGUCAAGGAACUCGGUAGGCAGGUUGCAACUGAUCGUUGUAUUAUGGGCUUGCUCUUUCUGAUUGUGGUUGGGGUCAUAACAAUUAUUAUUGUGAAGAUUGUAAACCCACAUAACAAAGACAUCCGGGACAUCCCUGGAUUAGCCCCUCCAGCUCCCAGUCGAAGAUUACUUGCUUAUCCUUACUGAAAUCUCGAAACAAACCAUUUUCACAAGGAUAGUGCACAUUAUUCACGUCUCAGUGCAUUUACUUGGUUUUUGACUUAAGAACAGAGAGUGGCCGAGCACAAAAGCAAGGCAAGGGUUGAAGGAGAAGUACCUAAGAAGUACCUGGUUCAGAAAAGAAGGGUCUCCCACCUUCUCCUUUUUAAUGAUAGUUUCCCAUUCUUUGUGAUGUUUUAAUGGGAUAAGUUCAUAUGUUACUAUUUGUAUGAUUAUUUUCUGUAUUCUAGAUAACUGGAACUUUUCCAUGGAGGGAGGGACUUUUGAACUACACAAAGCUUUGGCACUGAUUGAGUUGUGCAUACACCAGUGUUGUAUAAUAUCAUUAUUAAUCUUUAUUAUAUUUGUGGAACCUAUGUUAGUUAUUGUUCAAUUA